AUGCUGUCCUACGAUGCACCCGUCUCGGUCAAUGGCCAGACUCCCACGUCCAAGAUGGUCAACAUGAAUAUCAACAACCUCGGCCCCAACCCGGCGCCCAAGAAGACAACCAUGACGCCUGUCACGCCCAACAACACCAUUGCCAAGACAAAUGGACACUCCUCGCCGGCGCACCACCACAUCUGGCUUGUCACGGGCCCUGCCGGCUGUGGCAAGUCGACUGUUGCCAGCCAUCUUGCGACCUCUUUGAACUUGCCAUAUGUCGAAGGCGACGAGUUUCAUCCCCAAGCAAACAUUGAGAAGAUGGCCGCCGGUAUCCCGCUUACCGAUGCCGACCGGUGGGACUGGCUCACCGUCCUGCGCGAGCAAGCCCUCCAGAAGCUCUCGGCCGGUGCUGAAGGCGUGGUCGUCACCUGCUCGGCUCUGAAGCGCAAAUACCGCGACGUGAUCCGGGUCGCCCCUUACUACUCGCACGACGUCCUCCUCCACUUCAUCUACCUCCAUGCGCCCGAGGAGGUCCUGCUGGAACGCGUCGGGGCCAGGCAGGGCCACUACAUGGGCGCCAACAUGGUCCACAGCCAGUUUUCCAUCCUCGAGCCGCCGACUGCCGAGGAGCAGGACGUCAUCAGCAUCGACGUCAGCAAGACCAUGGACGCCGUGGUCGCCGAGGCACUGAGCAAAGUGCAGCAAGCCGUUGACGAGUCUUCGCGGUAA